AUGGUGAACAUGGCGGACGUUCAAACACAGUUGUGGAUUUGGGAUCACGAAAUCACCUCGUUCAUGGUAUUAAAUAGUGGUAUUGAUUCGCAAAGUAAUCUGCGCUUCAUCUUUUUAUGUAUGGAGUGGUCAAUGCAUGGUGCUUUGUGGCUAAUUUUUAGUUCAUUUAUAUUCCUGAUAUCUAUGAGAUAUAACUUUUUGUUGAAUAUGAGAUAUGAAUUAGCUGUAUUAAUAUUUGGUCUGUUUGCUGAUUUGAUAAUUGUUGGGAUUAUCAAAGGAAUAGCAAGGAGAUCUCGACCACCUUUCAAUAUUAAAGAUCAGCUCUAUGAGGCACCUUUGGUCGACAAGUUUUCAUUCCCUUCUGGUCAUUCCUCUCGUGGUGCGAUGCUAUCGGUUUUAUGUUUGACCUUUUUUUGUUCGCUUCCACAGUUUAUUACUCUCUUUGUGAAGUUAUUUCCACUUGUAUUGGGAGCUUCACGAAUUUUUAUUGGUCGACACUAUGUUAGCGAUGUUAUGAUUGGCUUAUUACUUGGUUAUGCAGAAGGAAAUUUCGUACAGUGUUUGCCAUUACACACAAUAGAUGCUUUGAAACAAAUGUUUCCCGUGAUAUUUGGUAGUUAUGAACAACGAAACGCAUAA